AUGGAAACGAAUCAAAAUAUCAGAGUGCUUGUUACCGGAGCAUCAGGUUUUAUUGGAAUACAUUGUGUUCAUCAACUUUUAAAGGAAAAUUAUACUGUACGUGGUACCGUACGUGACCUUAAUAAUCAUUUUAAAAUUGAUCCACUGAAACAGCUCGAAGGAGCAGCUGAACGUUUGGAAUUGGUUGAAGCAGAUUUGGAAAAUGAUCAAGGAUGGUCUCAAGCAACAGCUAAUUGCACCUAUGUUUUGCAUGUUGCGAGUCCUUUUCCAAUUGUCACGGAUGAAUCAGUCAUUUCAACUGCAGUAGAUGGUACUCUUCGAGUAUUACAAGCUGCUGCAUCAAAUUCAUCUGUAAAAAAAGUUGUUGUUACUAGUUCUUGCGCUGCUAUUAAUGAAGGUCACGCAGAUAUGACGCGAACAUUCAACGAAAAUGAUUGGAGUAAUAUCGAUUCGACAAAUGUAAAUAAUUAUGUGAAAAGUAAAACACUUGCAGAAAAAGCUGCAUGGGAUUUUGUUCAUAAGGAAGACAUUAAGUUCAAGCUAACUGUAAUCAAUCCGGCACUUGUUGUUGGACCUCUCCUUCAUAAUGUACAAGGAACGAGUAUCAGUAUAAUACGUCGUUUUUUGAACAAUGAAAUUCCCGCAGUACCAGCAGUUCAAUUUGGUUUAGUAGACGUACGUGAUAUAGCACAAGCACAUAUUCGUGCUAUGCGAGAACCACGUAGUGAUGGAUUACGAAUUUUAUUAAGUUAUCAACCAAGUUUCUGGUUUCUGGAUAUUGCCAAUGUUCUACGUGAUGAAUUCUCAUCGCAAGGUUACAGUAUCCCAAGAAUUACAGUGCCAUACCCGAUAGCAUGGCUUUAUUCAUUGUUCAGCAAGGAAACAAAGCAGCAAAUACUAAGUCGUUUUGGCAAUGAAGUACACUUCGAUAAUUCUCUCGCAAAAGAUAUUCUUGGAAUAGAAUUUAUAGAUCCUAAAGAAUCGAUCAUUGCUAUGGCAUAUGAUAUUAUCGAACGCAAUAUGGCACCAAAACAAAAAAAUUACAAAGGACCACCUGCUAAAACUUCUUAA